AUGAAACAACUCAAAGUAAUUCUUGCACAAACUAAAAAGUUAUUCAAUAUUCCUAUACAGAACAAACUCUGCUUUAAUGCACCUGUUAUGAAUAACAACUUCUCUCUUCAAUUAGAGAAGCCUUCCCAAAAAGAUGUUCAAAUGUGCGUAACAACUAACUUGAAAUUCAAAAACGGACUCAUAGUUGCUACAGCGCACAGUGAUAACCCAUGCUCAAUUUUAUUCCAAACAAAUGCAAUCUAUCCAGGCGUUAAAUUUACUACAAACAUAUCAAGUAACGAAAAAAAUACUAUCAUAUCUAAAGUAUCAUAUUGCACUAUAUAUAAAAACAUGAUUUUCACACCAAAAGUUAAAGUUAUCCUUCAAGAUAAACCUUAUAACUAUUUAAAUACAGAUGUUCAUUUCAAAACAAAUGUUAACUACUACGGCUGCGGAUUUACAGCCCUAUUUAAGAAACUCGAACAGUCGUUUACGUUGAUUCCUUACAUUAGAAAAUUCGGACACCAUGCAAUUUCAUUAAAGUUCAAGAAUUACAAAGUUGUUCCAGAAAUUUAUACAAUAUUCCCAUAUGAAGACUUCCAAUUCGCUUUUCAUACCUUUUAUCCAACAAGAUCUCUUUCAUUUUAUUCAAUCUAUCAUCCAAAUCUUAGAAACUUGUUUGGAGCCAACUUUACAAUAAGCCAUAUUGGUCAUGGCCCUGAAUAUCUUUUCAUGAUCGGCUGUUCACACAAUAUUGGAAACGAUUCCAGCAUUCGCUAUGUUUUGAGAUCAGAUUCAAAGGCAAGCUUCGAAUUGAAUGUACCUUACAAGAACUUUUUGAAGAUGACAUUUACUGGAAACUUUGAAUAUUCAAGAGCCAAUAAAUUGAAUUCCAAUUUUGGUGCAGUCAUUAUUUUUGAUAAAAAAUAA